UUUUGUAUUUCAUUUAGAGACGGUCUUGCUGAGUUGCUUAGGGCCUCGUUCAGUUGCCGAGGCUGGCCUCCACCCUGCGAUCCUCCUGUCUCAGCCUCCAGAGCCACUGGGAUGGCAGGCGCGCGCCAUCGGACGCAGCCCACCAGCUGCCCUUUGUCAAAGGCCCUUCUAGAAAGUGCAGCCGCCUCCGGCGGGAGGGGACCAGGUCUAUUUUUGCUCCAGGACGAAAGAAGAAAAAGCGCUCUGAGGAAGCGCAGAGGGGAGGGGUGACAAGGAGGACGCUCGCGUCACCGUCGCCCGGUCCCCGCCCGGCCUCAGCCUCAGCCUCAGCCUCAGCGCAGGGAGCCCGGGAGGAAGCGCAGGCUGCGGACUCGGCGCUGCCCCCGCCCACCCGCUCCGGCCUCUGUGACGUCACAGUGGGCGUGGAGAACGGUCGCCAUGGCGACGGGGAACGCCGAGCGCCGGCUGCAACGCUGCAGAGAACCGCGGCGCCGGGCUUCCGGCUUCGGAGCCAGCGAGCGCUGGUGGGGGUGAGAAUCGUUCUCGGCCAAGGUCAGCCUGCGCAUUGUCCCGUUAGUCCUCGGCUGGGAUGUCUAAGAUGCUGUCUUCCCUGGUCUUCAACAACCUGGCCCACAAUAGGAAGAGCUUGCAGACCAUGAACAAGAGUCUGUCUUCCAUCAUUGAGGACCAUCCCGAGAAGCCGACCAAGAAGGACAAAGAGCCUGCGAAGGUUUCCAAUCCCUCCGCCAAUCCUUUCCACAUGUCUGGGGACAUGGACUUCUUCCUGUUCAGGGACCAGGAGCUCAAUAAGGCUAUUUUGGAGCGGGAGCAGAGGAAGGCCCUGCAGGUCCACCAGAAGACGACCGUCUCCUCCAAGGUGUCCACCAAGCAGAGCCACCUGCGUCGCGAGCUGCAGCUGGAGGAGGAGGCGGAGGACAGGGAGUUACAGGCAGAGGAGGAGCAGAUGCGAGCCUUCCAGCAAGAAGCGGCCUGGAAACUGGCCAUGACCAGAGAAAAGAAAAUGGAGCCUGACACCCUGAGCAGCUACAUCGACCAGAAGCGGAAGAUGUUCCUGAUCCAGUACGCCGUGGAGAUGAAGCGGAGUGAGAUCAGAAGGCUGGAGUCCCUGGCCUCCGAGGAAGAGGCCCGGCUGAAGGAGGCCCAGAAGUCAUUGGAGAAGGACGCCAUGCUCUUUGACGAGUUCCUCAGAGACGACGACGCCAACUCCGUCCAGGCCAUGAGACUGGCUGAGAAGGAGACCAAAGCCAAGAUGGAUAAGAUGGCGGAGAUCCGGGAGCUCACCAUCCAGAUCAUGCACGUCAAGAGCGAGAUCGCCAGGUUCGAGGACACCCUGCAGCAGUACAAGAUGUACAAGGACUUCCUGUACAAGGUGUCACCCAAGGAGUGGCUGGAGGGACAGGAGAGGCGGCGGUUGGCCCUGAGGAAGGCCAAGGAGGUGGCCCAGGCCCCCGCGAAGGGCGGUGGGAUCCCGGCACCAGGGGACAAAGGACCCGGGGUCAAGAGCAAGAUGGCCUCUUUGUUGGGCAGAGAGCCUCACAUCGUGAAGAAGCCCCUGAAGCUUCUGCAGGCCACAUGGGGUGGACAGGCUCUGUCUAGUAGCAGCAGCAGCCUCCAGCCAUUGCCACCCAGUCAGCUGGACCCUGGGAGGCCCAGCUCUGACCCCAUGCCGGAGGACUCGGACAGCGAUGAGGAGGAACAGGUGCUGUUCUUCACGGAGCCGCAGCAGCUGCUGGACAUCUUCACGGACCUGGAGGAGCAGAACCUGUCUCUGAUCCAGAACACCCAGGAGAUGGAGGAGACGCUGGAGGAGCUGAACCUCACCCUGAAGAGCACGCAUGUGCGCAUGGACAGGGAGGUCCAGCAGCUGAAGCAGUGGGUGACCACGAUGACCAUGUCCAUUGCCAAGGAAGAAGAGAUGGCUUCUGAGCUGGAGCUCAAGGCCCGCGUCUUCCACUUUGGGGAAUACAUGGGCGACCAGCAGGACAAGCUGCUGGAGAGCCUGGACCACAAGGUGCUGGACGUGUACAGGCGCUGCGUGGGCGGCCCGCAGGAGGCGAACCUGGGCACCGUGCAGAUGCUCACCACCAUCGAGCACCAGCUGGAGGAGCUGCUGGAGAGCCUGGAGCGCAUGCCGGCCUCCUGGGUGCAGCAGAUCGAGAAGGCCCAGGAGAAGGAGCGCCACCGGAGGCUCCGGGAGGAGAAGGCCAUGAUGCAGAGGAUGCUGCAGGAGGAGCGUCUGCAGCGGGCUCGGGCCCGGGCCCAGGCGGCGGUCAAGAGGAAGCGGGGCCGCAAGCUGGUGUGCCGGUCGCGGCCCCCGGUCCCCAGGGUGAAGGAGGAGCCCGAGCACCCGUUGGUGGACAAGGAGAAGGAGGAGCUGCUCCUCUUCUUCACUUAGCGGAGCCGAGGUCGCGGGGUCCGCGGGCCGGACUCUGCGGCUUCCUGGUCGCACCAAUAAAGCCACGUAUUGUUUUUCUGUG